CCCCUUCCCCUCCCCCCUCAUCCCCUCCUUCCUCCUCGAACCGUCGGCGGCAAGGUGCCCCCGCCACUGACGCCGGCCUACCGCCCUCCUCCAGCCCUGCGACUCUGCCGGCGCCUCGUCGUCCGCCCGAUCCGCCGCCCACCGCCUAGUCACCGCCUCCCACGAUCAUCCCUCUAAGCCCGGCGAACUCUCCCUUCUUCCCUCUCCCCCUCCCACCCCACCCCGAGACCCUAAUUCGUCGGCCCUUCGCCGAAGUUUGGGUUGUCGCCGGCACCGGAGAAGAAGAGGAAUUCGUUGGAGUUGGAGAAGAAGCAGCUGGAGUACAAAUAGCGAAGCACAUAUAGUGAACCAAAAUUUGCAAGAUUUGAAGAUUGGUUUUCUCUCUACUUAUGUUUAGCAAUUCCGUAAAAAAUAUUUAGUCCCGUAUCCAAAAACGCUGGCCAUUCCCCAUUGCUGGCCUUCCCCUUUCUCCUCUGCCGCCGCCGCCGCCGCCGCCGGGAGACACUCCGGAUGGCUUCGCUGCCGCCGCCGCCGCCGCCGCCGCGGCCGCUGCUGCUCACCGUCCUCCCCCAAGAGCUGGUGGUGGAGAUCCUAAUCCGCCUCGACGACCUGGCCGAUCUCGCCCGCGCCGCCUCCGCCUGCAGAGCCCUCCGCCGCCUCAUCACCUCCCGCGCCUUCCUCCGCCGCGUCCACGCGCUCCACCCCCGCCCCCUCCUCGGCCUCCUCCACCUGGAACACCACGGCUCCCGCUGCCGCUUCCUCCCCGCCGAGCCGCCCCACCCCUCCGCCGCCACCGCCGCCGCCGUCGCGCGGGCGUUCGAUUCCGACUCCGACUCCGACUCCUCCUUCUCCUUCCUCCCCGGCCGCUCCGGCGACUGGCGCCUCCGCGACGUCCGCCACGGCCUCGCUGUCCUAUCAACCCGCCAUGCCGUCACCGAUGAUGGAUGCUUCUCCUUCCCCGACGUCGUCGUCUGCAACCCCUUGCGCCGCCGCUACGCCUGGAUCCCCCCGAUCUCCGACGACCUAGCGGCCCCCAUCCGAAGCCUCGGCGUCGGCGUCGAGGAUUUCGAUUACCUGGUCGCUCCAGCCGGCCGUGAGGGUUUGUCAUUCCGAGUGAUCUGCAGACCCCAGUUGCCAAUGGGCUGUGAUGUCACCGUCUUCGUCUUCAGCUCCAGUGCCGUCAUCUGGCGCGCUGCCACAUUGCACGCCUGCGCUGCCACCGCUCAAUUGGUCUCCCCGCAGUACGCGCACGGCUACGCCUACUGGCGGCUGAUCCGAUCCGCCACCAGAUUGCUCUUGCUGGACACUCGCGACAUGGACUUCUUCUUUGUCGAUUUCGAGCAAAGGAGUGUGCCGUGGCAGGCCAUUGGGGAGGCAGGGGAAGUAGGCAGGCUUGCCAUGUUCAACAUUGCUCAUGCUAAUCAUACAGUGGAGCUCCUCUCUGGGGCGAUUAGAGGCAGCGCCGAUGAACAUUGGCGGCAUGACAAGACUAUCCCAUUGCUUCCUGGCUACAAAUGGAGGAUUCUAAAGCUAGCCGAAGGGUACUUACUCCUGCAAGGAAGAAUUCUCGGUGACGGAACUUCGCAGUUUACUCCUGGUGACCAAUUACAGUAUUUCACGCUAGACAUCAACACGUUUAAGCUUGAGAGGCUGUGUGCUUCAACACCCCAAGGCAUCAGUUAUCAUCCUCAAUUUGAAUUAUACAGAUGCUUCCCUCCACCGUUAUCGUUUUCAAGUAUAUGAAAAUAGACUUAAAAAGGGGGACAGAGUAGCUUCUGUUGUGAAAAUGUGUUGCAAGACCAGCUGCUAGCCUGCUACUACCGGCGUUGGCAUCGAUAUGUAUAUAUAUCUACUGUACGAGCUUAGUUCGAUCGGCUGUUCCAUUUGAAUUCUAUAGUGUAGUGGUUUAGCUUCUGAAGUCUUGCUACUCUUCUUUUGCCCAUAUAUAUGCUGCAUUCUGGAACUAAUAAAUAAAGUAGCUAGUCUGCAAAGGUAGGCAUUCAGGCUUAUACACGAUGCACUUCAAUGUAUGCUCUUGUUGUCAAAGUAUUAUUGUUGUUAAUCUGAUGUCAAUUUGAGCACGGGAAGCUCUCAUUUCUUUUUUUGCUGGGCCGACGACGGAACGUCGGACAAUUAUAUUAAGCUUUGAGAAAAUAUAUACUACAUUACAGUACAAUGCCAACAGGCAAGGCUGUUGGGCAGCGACCGACGGGCUGGAUGGGAUAAUUCUUGCUGCCUUGUAUCUUUUGUUUGUUUAAUUUCCCCGACGUGUGGAAUGGGCACACGAUGAAGACUGAGUGUGGCGUGUGUAGUGGCAAGGCCACGAGUCUGUAAUCCUUUGCUAUUUGAGUUUCAAUCUAAACCAGAAAGCGUUGCUGCUUGACAGCACAAAUAACCUUUGAAGAGGCUGGCCAUGCGGGAUGGAUCGUUGGGCAUGAAGGAAGUUGCUGUCUCCGCUGCCAUCGCCGCUGCUGGUGGAAGCAUGGGUGGAGUAGAGGAGGAGAUCUGGGAGCUGUUCGUGGGGUAGGUGUCCAAGCAAAUGACGGAGGUGGAGUUGCUUACCAUGUUUCAGGAGGUGGCCAUCGUCGAUGGGGUCACCGUCGUCAAAUUUGGGUUCGCGAGGUAUGGAUCCGUAUACCUAGAUUUGGGCUCACACCCCAAGCAUUGCGUUGGCUUGUUUUGGGUUUUGAUUUGAGGUGUUCUACAUGUUCUAUGGAUGUUUCUACAACUAUGACGACUUAUCCCAUAAAUUAAUUUAUUUUGUUGGUUUUUA